GGGCGACACGGAGACGGCCCACUGGCUCAACGCCUUGGUGCAGAGGGCGUGGCCCAUCUUCCUCGAGCGCCUGCUGUCCACGCACCUCGCCCCCGCCCUCGCUCCCUGGUUCUUUGACAAGUACCGGCCCUGGCAGGCGCGCAAGGCGUGGCUGGAGCGGCUGUACCUGGGCAGUUCGCCGCCCGUCAUCGCUGCUGUGAGGGUGGUGCACACCAACACGCUGGACGACCAUGUGGUGAUGGAAGCAGCCACCGAGUUUGUGGCCUGCGGCGACAUGUACGCGCUGAUGGGGGUCAAGAUGCGGCGGCGAGUCGCACUCGGCAUGGUGGCGCGGGGUCACGUGUCCGGGCUGCACCUGGAGGGGAAGAUGAGGGUCGGGAUGCGGUUUGCUUCGGAGUUUCCGUACGUGACUCGCGUGCGCGUGAGCUUCGUGGGCGCGCCCUUCAUCGGCCUCACAGUCAGGCCCACGGCGAACCUGGGCUUUAACCUCGCCGACUUGCCAUUCUUCAGCUCGUGGCUGGACGAGAUGCUAGCGACGGCCCUGGAGUCCUCCAUGGUGUCCCCAAACAUGCUCGUGCUCGACGUUGCCCGACUCGCCCACCUCUUCCUCGCGCCCUCCCCCACCCAUCCGCCCUCCUCCUCUCCACCUGCUGCCCCUGCCAUCCCACACUCGGCUCACUGCGCGCAUUGCCGUCAUUGCUCCCACUGCUCCCAGCAAGCCAGCCACACUGCAGGCAGUGCUGUCCCUCCUGCUGCCGGUGCUGCCGCUGCUGCCGCUGCUGCUGGCGCAGUCCCCCCCAGUGCUGCUGCCUCUUCGGUCCCAAGUGCCGCAAGCACCGUCCCCAGUACUGCUGCUUCCACUGUCCCCAGUACUGCUGCUUCCACUGUCCCCAGUACUGCUGCUUCCACUGUCCCCAGUACUGCUGCUUCCACUGUCCCCAGUACUGCUGCUUCCACUGUCCCCAGUACUGCUGCUUCUUCUGUCCCCAGUACUGCUGCUUCUUCUGUCCCCAGUACUGCUGCUUCUUCUGUCCCCAGUACUGCUGCUUCUUCUGUCCCCAGUACUGCUGCUUCUUCUGUCCCCAGUGCUGCUGAAGCAGCAGCAGCAGGUCACGGGAGCGCCCCUUCCUCCCAGACCUCUUCCCCUGUUCCACCCUUCCCUCCCGCCAUGCUCGCUGCUGCUCGAGCUGCCGGUAUCGCCCGCUUCAUCCCCAGUGCUGCUGCUGGCACCGGUGCUGUGGAUGGUGACAGCAGUGCUGCUCAUUGCAACUCCCAUCCAGCAGCACCAACAGCUGGUCCUGCUGCUGCACUUAUAACAUCCUCCACUCCCCCCCCACCCAUGCCUGCACCAUCACCAGCACCACCCCUUUCCCCGCACCUCACCUCCCCUGCCCACCCGGCCCACCCGCCGCCCCUCCCCGCCGCUGACGUGCUGCACGUGGACUCGUCCUGCCCGGUGGCCUUCGUAGUCGUCGAGAUCAUCGAGGCGCGGCACUUAAAGCCCGCCAACCUCGACGGCACAUCGGACGCGUACGUCAAGUGCGCGCUCGGGUCGGCCAGAUUCACCACCCGCAUCGUGUGGAGCUCGCUGGACCCGCAGUGGUUCGCCGAGUUCACGGCGCCCGUGUACUCGUGGCAUUUGAACAACCUGCUGGUGUUGCGGGUGCUCGACAAGUCCUUUCUGCGAUCCAAGGACUUGGGCUACUGCGUGGUGGACGUGGGGAGGUACCAGAAAGGAGGCAGGAGGGAGAUGUGGGAGGGCCUGAGAGGGGCGAGUAGGUUUAAGAGGGAGGCGGAGGGACAGACGCCGAGGGGAUUGCGGGAGGAAGAGGGAGCUGGACUUGAGGUGCUUCACGAGCACGGUGCUGGGGAGAACGAAAGGCAGAGGGGAUUGCGAAGGAGGGGAAGGAGGAGGACAGAGGGUGGCGAUUCUCUGGACUGGGAGCAGGACACUCGGAGGAAGCAGGAUGCGACAAGGGAGGAUGGCAGGGGAGAUGUGCGUGUCGAAAGGGUGGCGGAGCCGGUAAGGGUGGUUGGGAAGGGAGAGGCAGUAUUGAAGUCAGAAAUCGUUGACGCUGCUGGCGUUGCUCCCAUCGGAUCAGCUCGGAUGGAGGGCUGCAAGGGAAAUGCGCAAGUGGGAGGCGGAUCCAAGCAGCAGCCGCAGCAGCAGCCGCAACAGCAGCAGCAACAGCAGCAGCAACAGCAUCAGGGCAAUGAGGAGGAGGGGGAGGCAACUCAGGCACAGUUGAAGAUGCAAGCAGGAGACCCAGAAAGUGGGGAGAGAAAGGGGAGAGGAGGCACUAACAGCACUGUCAAAGGAGGCAGAGAGGGAGGGCCAAGGCUGGGCCGUGCUUUCCAUCUGAACCGCCUCAAGCUGGUUCCGCUGCAUGCCAUGCACCCUGCCCACUCCCACAGCCAUGUGGCGAAACAUGACAGGGUGGACCACGAGGGGGGAAGGGAUCCUUCGCAGCUUAUCCAACCGACCAAGUCUUUUAUGCCUUUUGAGGCGCCUCACAGCACCCAUCUGCACCACUCUAUGUUUUUCCCGGCGCCUCACACCGCUCCGUUGCAGCACUUCCACUUCCAACCGUCCACCUCGUUUGUGAGUGCCCCAGUGUCGUUUGAGGGGCUGGACGAGCUUGGCUCCUUCAGUGCGCCUGCCACUCCUACAGGCAGAGAGAGGCAGGGGGGGGGCGAGACAGGUAGAGACAGAGAUCUAUGGGAUGUGGGAGGAGAUGCAGGGCUGGGCUGGGGGGGAGGAGGAGGGGAAAGGGCGUUCUCUGAGGACGAAUCAGGUGCUGGUGGUACUUGUAUGGGGGCCACUAACAGUCAUACCAAGAAUUCCGCCAGCCCCGGCCGUACCAACAGCCAAACUGACAGCCAUACGGGCAUCUAUUUCAUGACAGAGGAUGGCAUGGUGUCUGAUCUCCCCGGCUUGGACGCCUUCUUCAGUGCCAGGGAGACGCAAUGGGGAGAGGGGCAGGGGCAGGGGGAUGGUGGACACGUGUUUGGGGGAUGGGGUGAAGAGGAGGGGAAGACGGCUGAGGAGUUUGGGGGGAAGGAAGGGGAAGGGUGGUCCAAGAAACAGCAGCUUGAGCAGGGUCGAGAGCAGCAGCCCCCGAGGCCGCGUUUGGAGCGCAAGGCGGCCCUUUCCUUCCGGACACGCAUGCAGCUGGAGCGGCAGCAGGAGCAGCGGGAAUCACAGGCAGCCGAAGAGGCAGCCGCUGCUGCUGCUGACGCAGCUUUCGAUGCUGCCUGCCAGCUGGACAGUGAUGAGCUGGCACUGCUCUCCAGGCUCCACGCAGACCAAUCAGAAGAGAUUAGCAUCCAAGGGUUGGCGUCAGGCUCGGGGAUUUUGAGGAUCGUUCGACCCGGAGCUGACCCCGGACCCGAGGUUUGGGAGGGCAGGCAGGGAGGGAGGAGGGCCGAGGCUGAGGCUCGGCAGGGGUUUGUGGAGGAGGAGCAGGUGGGGAUUGGGCUGGGUGGACUGGUGAAGGCUUAUCUGAAGGAGAGUCUGGAGGGGAGGGGAGAGCGUGGUGGGAGGGCAGGUAAACCUGAGGAGGGGGCUGGUGGGAGGGGAGGUACACCUGGGGAAGGGAAGAAAAGAAGAGGUUGGAGGGGGCUGUUCGGAUUAAGGAAGCGGGAGAGGCAGGAUCAGGUGGCAGGCUCGGGAGAAGCAGCAGGGGCGUCAGAGAGGGAUGGGUUGACAGCGGAGGGUGUGGGGGAGGGGGGGAAGGAAGGAGAGAGAGAGUUACAGUUGUGGGAGAGACGGGGGGAGAAGGAGAUGAUUGAUGGGAAGGGGAAUGCAAAUGAGGAGGAUGAGGAUGAGGAGGAGGAGAAGCGGGAGUCAUUAGCACGGGAGAGGGAGUCGCUGGAGGCGCUGGCAUUGGAGAUGCUGGACGGGUGGGAGGACGAUGUGGUGGGCGGUGACGCGCUCAUUCGCUGCACCACCGCUGCCUUCCCGUCGCAAUCCGCCUCUCUGCACUUCACCAGAGAUCUGCUGGGCAAUGCUUGCCACUAGGUAGGGAAGUUGGUUCUUGAGAAUUCAAAAGAACCGACAAGCCGCCACCGUGCACUUCAACAGACAUCUGAGUAAUGCUUGCCAUUAGGAAGAGGCCUGCCUGCCUCCCUUCGGGUGAGUGAGUGGCCUGUCAGUGGGGGGUGUGACUGUCCCGGGGUUUGCACGGCACAGUUGUGGCUGUAAUAAUUUGACAGGUGUUGCAGGAGACCAAGUAUAGAAUCUGCAAACACGAACACUUGGAAAACUUGAAGUGUUAGCCUAGGAUUUUUACUGGAAUGGUAGACUAGUAAGACAGCAGAAGUUUUGUAAGAGUGAACCUGAGCAUAUAAUUAUGUGGAAGUCAAGGUUUAAAGUAUCAA